AUGCUGCUUGGGAAUUUUUAUAUACGUCGUCGCCAGCGUUUGGUCUUCACCCUCGGUUACCUUUCAUUGUUUUCGUUGAUAGUCUUUUUUUCCUCUCGACUCGUGAACUACAUUGGUAUUUUUGACCGGAAAAGUCUCCUCGUCAUUGACCUCAAUCGUGAUACAAUACCUAGUCGCUGGAAAUAUGGCUCAGCGGAAAAUUUCACGAAUCCACCGCCUUCAAAUGACUAUUUACCAAUUGCUUUCUACAAUGAUACGGAUAUUCUAUGGUCCUAUUCUAAGGCUGAAACUAUUAAAAAUCAUACUCAGCUAUGGAACCACAUUCGGGAAGUCAAUGAGGCUCAUGUGAUCUAUAAUAGAGAUCGAUAUGGGGAUGAACCUCUAUUAUUUAUCAUCAUAAUCCAAGUAAGCAUUUUGCUUGAUGCUUACUUGUCUGGAUCUAAUUCUAGAAUAUUAUGCAGUCACUUACCAGUUCACUGUGUCUCAAAGAAAACCUAUCAUGUUCACAAUCGUUCCACUCAUCUUAUGUACUUAAUUGAGUCGCUGCGGAAAGUUCGUUAUAUCGAGAAGGCUCUAGUGGUGUUCAGCCACGAUUUCUUCUCUCCGGAGACAAAUCGUAUGAUUGAUGCCAUGCGAUUUGUACGCUUUACCCAGAUCUUCUUCCCCUACAGUGUACAGCUCUUUCCCGAUUCCUACCCAGGUUCUCAAAUCAAGGAUUGCCAUAACAAAGGGUAUUAUUUGUUAAUUUGA